CCAGCCCCGGGCAGGGACUGUCUGUCCAUCCCCCCCGUCCAUCCCCCCCGAAUUCCGGGGCGGGGGUGGGGGGCUUGACAUUCUUUCCACCCUAUAAAGUGGUGGGGAGGGGGGGCAGUUUCCAAACCCCCCCACGAGGACAGAGCCACCUGGAAGUUUCAUGCCCAGUUUAUUUUUCCACCUGUUGAGGAUGCCUUUGCUCCCGGGGAGUCAAAGGUCGCCUUGGACCCAGACCAGCCCUUCGCCUGCCCCCCUGUUAAUCCAUAACCCAGAGCCAGGGAGAGAACCCAGGAGUCCUGGCUCCCACGCCGCUCUGGUACCAGGUGCCCCAGGGAGAGGUGUCUCCCACAGGCUCCAGACAGCUGGGGGCCCUUCCCCUGGGUUUGUUGCCACAACAGCAGGGUGGGACUGGGGAGGGGGAUGCCCUGAAGCUUUGCAAAGCUCAGGUACUACCCACUAACUCCCUCACCCCCCCACCUCGCUGCCCGGAGCAGAGCCGGCCAGUGCCCGGCCCUGGGGCCAGAUCGGAGCCGCUGGCCUUGGCAGAGAAUCUGCCUCUGUCUGUCUGUCCAUCCCCAGGAAAAGAUCUAACCUCACCCUGGGCCCCACAUGGCUACAGUGACACUGUAUGUCCCUAGACACAGGCCUCUGGCCAUCCAUCGCCCCCCUCUGUCUAUCUAUCCCCACCCACUCCUCUAUCUAUCUAUCUAUCCCCAUCCACCCCCUCUAUCUAUCUAUCCCCAUCCACCCCAUCUAUCUGUCUGUCUGUCCCCACACCCACCCUCUAAUCUCCGCACACUCUCUCUUUCUGUCGUCCCCCCCGCCUGGCUUCGCCCGGCCCAGACCGGUGUCCCUGGCUCCAGGCAGCUGGUUCCGCUCCCCGCAGGGUGGGGCAGGGCUGAUGGGGCUAUAAACCCUAGGGAGAGGGGGUGGGUGCCAGCCACUGGAGCCAGGCAGGGCCAUGGGGCUGUGCAACUCGAGAAAGGGGGAGGCCAAGGAGGGGUUUGGGGGGCCAGGGCCCCAGGGGCGGCACCUGGACAGUGAGCUGCUCGGGGAGACGUACCAGAAGCUGUUUGGCAGGGACCAGCGGCCACGGGGGUGCAAGGUUGUGCAAAGAGUGAUACAGGCUCUGAAACCGCUGGGUCUGUCCGUCCGCUCCCCGAUCCUGAAGCUGGGCGAGGACUGGAUCUUCCUCUUCCUCCUGGGCAUCUGCAUGGCGACCAUCAGCUUCGGCCUCGACGUCGUCAUCUCCAAGUUCCAGCGAGCCAACCUGUGGGUGUAUGACACGCUGGAGGGGUAUCGUGCCCUGCAGUAUUUCUCCUGGGUCCUCUACCACACGGGGUUCAUGACGGUCGCGGCCGGAGUCGCCAAGUACAUCUCGCCGCAGGCUGCCGGCUCCGGGAUCCCCGAGCUGAAGGUGACGCUCAGGGGGGUCGUGCUGAGCGAGUUCUUCACCCUGCGAACCGGCCUGGCCAAGCUGGUGGGGGUGAUCUGCACCCUGGGGGCCGGCAGCACCAUCUUCCUGGGCAAAGUGGGCCCCUUUGUUCACAUGGCCACGAUCCUGGCCACCCAGCUGGGCCGGGUGAUGGUGCGAGUUGCCGGCACCAAGGAGAACCCGGCCCGCAAGUACGAGAUGUUGGUGGCUGGGGCGGCCGUGGGGGUGGCCUGCUGCUUCGUGGCCCCCGUGGGAGGGGUGCUGUUCUCCGUGGAGGCGACUGGGACGCACUUCGCCCUGCGGGAUUAUUGGCGCGGCUUCUUCUCUGCCACCUGCGCGGCCCUCGGCUUCCGCCUGCUGCCCCUGCUCCACGGGGAGAGCGAGACGGUGGCCGUGCUCUUCAGCACCAGCUGGCGCGUCGAGUUCCCCUUCGACCUGCCCGAGCUGCUCUCGUUCGCCCUGCUGGGGGCGCUGUGCGGGGCUCUCUGCUGCGUCUUCCUCUUCUGCCACCGCAGCCUCCUGCCGCUCCUGCCCCGGCUGCGCCGCGGCGAAAUCCUCCACGCGGGGCUGGUCUCCCUGGUGCUGGCGAGCGUCACCUUCCCCCACGGGCUGGGGCAGUACCUGGGGGCGCGGCUGACGAUGAAGGAGCUGCUGGAGACUUUCUUCAACAACUGCACCUGGGGGCGGGCGGAGCUGGGGGGGCUCAAUGCCUCCCGCCAGCCCCCCCACCCCUCCUACGGGGACCCCUGGCUCCAAUGGACCCACCCGCAGCUCUCCUCCCUGGAGAUGCUCAGCUUCUUCCUGCUCGCCAAGUUCUUCAUGCUGCUUCUGGCCACCACCAUGGUCGUCCCCGCCGGCUACUUCCUGCCCGUCUUCGUCUACGGCGCGGGGCUGGGCCGGCUCUAUGGGGAGAUCAUGGCCAAGGUUUUCCCCGAGGGGAUUGUCUCCGACGGGAUCCGCAUCGCCAUCGGCCCCGCGGCCUACGCCCUGGCUGGCGCGGCGGCCUACUCGGGCGCGGUGACCCACACGCUGUCGACGGCCCUGCUGGUGUUCGAGCUGACGGGGCAGAUGUCCCACGUCCUGCCCCUGCUCAUCGCGGUGCUGGUGGCCAACGGGCUCAGCCAGCGGCUCCAGGCCUCCUUCUUCGACGGCAUCAUCAUCGCCAAGCAGCUGCCCUACCUGCCCAAGCUGGGCGUGGGCCGGAGCGGGGCCCACGACAUCUACGCGGAGGAUUUCAUGGUCACCGAUCUCCAAUUCCUGCCCCGGGGCUGCAGGUACAAGGACGUGAGGGGGCUGCUCAAGGCCUCCAGCCUCAAACAGUUCCCCCUCGUGGACUCCCAAGAGUCCAGGAUCUUGCUGGGCUCCAUCCGGCGGAAGCAUCUCGCCAAGCUGCUGUCGGAGCAGCUGAGCGCGGAGAAGCGAUUCCAGCAUCUGCUCUGGCGGUCCGAGGCGAGCGGCCCCACACAGCCCCUGCUGGGUGCAGGCGGCGCUUCAGGAACCCCAGAGGAGAAGCCAGAAACACCGAGAGUUUCUGCUGAGCCGGGCGACGGGGAGACAUCAAAAGAGGAGGAGCGAGGCACCCAACUGUCUGUCAAGAUGAAGGACGUGCAUCACUUGGUGGAGGACUGGGAGUGCCAGCAGCUGCAGGAGCCGGUCCGGCUGGAGGAGCUGCCCAUCGACCCAGCCCCCUACCGCCUGCUGGAGAACGAGACCCUCUACCAGUGCUAUGAUCUGUUCAACUUGCUGGGCCUGCGGACAGCCUAUGUCACCAACGUGGGCCGGCUGGUCGGGGUGGUGAGCCUCCGAGAGCUCAAAGCCGCCGUGGAGGGAUCGGUCAAGGGCACCUUUGCCAGGCGCCGGCCCCAUGACGGGGGGCAACGCGAGGGGGACCCCAACGGAGCCUCAGCCUAGCGGGGAUCGAAGCAUCCAGCCUAACCCCAAACCCGGAGCAGGGGCAGGGGAGAGAAAGCCCCCCACAGCACCUUGGUCCCCAUCUUUUCUCUCUUGUCCUCCCCGUGUCCCAGCUCCAAUAGCCCCCCAGUGACCCCUAAAUUAUUAACCCCCCGUUUUCAGGUGCUGCCCCCCCGAAGAACGCCCCCCCCAAUCACCCAAUAAAGACCGGGUUACAUUUU